UUCACAAUAUCACAGAUACAGCAACUGUCCAAUUAUGCAUUGAAAGAGAAGUCAUUUUGUGUGCUAUAAUUGUGUUUGGCUGUUAAUAUGCCUCGGUGUGCAUGUGCAAGCAAGGUAUAUGGUAGUGUGUUUGUGUGUAUCUGUGUAGACUGUUAUGGCUUAGUGGUUAGGGUAGUGGCUUUGUAUAGAACACAUGAUAUAGAUAAGGCGUGGCUUUGAUUCCCUCUUGGGGGACUUUUCUUCAUUUUUAUGCCUCGGUGUGCAUGCGCAAGCGAGGUAUACGGUAGUGUGUUUGUGUGUCUGUGUGUCUGUGUGUGUGUAGACUGUUACAGCUGCUCAAUUAAGGAUGAAUCAAGUACAAGUAAGAGUUUCUAUAGGCUUCUAGUCAUGUUUACUUGGAUUUUAAUUCAUGGAUUUGCAAAAUAAUGCUUCGUUCUCGAGUUAUGCCUAGUUUUGCUUACUUGGAAUGCCAUUGCAGCCUUUUCAGAAGAGCACGUGGCCAAGCUUGUUUACCGAGUGUUGCUACUCUACUCAGUAGUUAGCUCUGCACUAGAACACUAGCUAUUGGUAGCUGCAAGAGUGAGAAGAGAGCUGCAAGGCUCUGCUAAUGCAGCCAUUAAUUUUAGACUUAAACUUUUGGCAUCGAUCGUUUUUAACAAAGAUCUGUCAAUCAUGGUCGAUUAUUACCCACUCUCUGACUUUUUGCAUGCAGCAAAAUUAAUUUGUUUAUCAUGUGUAUAAAAGCUCAGUAUAUUAGUAUAGCUUUAUGUUAUGUAGCUUUGGCAUCUCCACCGAGGCAUCAGCAGUGCUGAUGCCUCGGUGGAGACAGGUGCUGAUGCCUCGGUGGAGAUGCAUGCCAAAGCUACAUAACAUAAAGCUACUAAUAGCAGCCCAAUAAUUACAAUCAUGCAUGCAAACUCAAAGAGUGCAUGGGUAAUGAUCGACCAUGAUUGUUGUUAAAAACGAUUGAUGCCAAAAGUCUAAGUCUAAAAUUAAUGGCUGCCGUCUGCAGAGCCUUGCAGCUCUCUUCUCACUCUUGCUGCUGUGUCUGCCUGCUGUGUCUGCUGUGUCUGUUGUGUCCUCUGUGUCUGCAUGUUGUGUCCUCUGUGUCUGGUGUGUCCUCUGUGUCUGUUGUGUCCUCUGUGUCUGGUGUGUCCUCUGUGUCUGUUGUGUCCUCUGUGCAUGUCCACUGUAUCUGCUGUGCCUGUUGUGUCCUCUGUGUUCGCUGUAUCUGUUGUGUCUUCUGUGUCUGUUGUGUUCUCUGUGUCUGCUGUGUCUGUUGUGUCCUCUGUGUCCACUGUGUCUGCUGUGCCUGCUGUGUCCUCUGUGUCUGUUGUGUCUCUGUGUCCUCUGUGUCUGCUGUGCCUCCUGUGUCAGUUGUGUCCUCUGUAUCCCUGCUGUGUCCUCUGUGUCUCUGUGCCUGCUGUGUCCGUUGUGUCCUCUGUGCCUGCUGUGUCCUCUGUGUCUGCUGUGCCUGCUGUGUCCUCUGUGCAUGCAUGGCUGCUGUGUCUGUUGUGUCCUCUGUGUCUCUGUGCCUACUGUGUCCGUUGUGUCCUCUGUGCCUGCUGUGUCCGCUGUGUCUGCUGUGUUCUCUGUGUCUGCUGUGCCUGCUGUGUCCACUGCAUGUGUCUCUGUAUCUGCUGUGCCUGCUGUAUCUGUUGUGUCCUCUGUGUCUCUGUGCCUGCUGUGUCUGCUGUGUCCACUGUGUCUAUUGUGUUCGUUGUGUCGCCUGCAUGUGUCUGCUGUGUCUGUUGUGCCUGCUGUGUCUGCAUAUUGUGUCCGCUGUGUCGAUCUGUUGUGUCCUCUGUGCCUGCUGUGUCGUCGUGUCUGCUGUGUCCUCUGUGUCUCUGUGUCUGUUGUGUCCUCUGUGCCUGCUGUGUCCGCUGUGUCUGUUGUGUCCUCCGUGUCUGCUGUGUCCUCUGUGUUUGUUGUGUCUGCUGUGUCUGUUGUGUCCUCUGUGCCUGCACACAUGCAGAGGACACAACAGGCACAGCAGGCACAACAGACACAGAGGACACAACAGACACAGAGGACACAGAGGACACAACAGCCACAGCAGGCAUGCACAGCAGUCACAUGCAGGGGACACAGCAGACACAGCAGUCACAGGGGACACAGCAGGCACAGCAGACACAGAGGACACAACAGACACAGCAGGCACAGAGACACAACAGACACAGCAGACACAGAGGACAUAACAGACACAACCGACACAGAGGACACAACAGACACAGAGGACACAGCAUGCAGAAACAGAGGACACACUGACCGACACAGAGGACACAGCAGACACAUCAGACACAGAGGACACAACUGACACAGAGGACACAUCAGACACAGAGGACACAGCAGACACAGAGGACACAGCAGACACAGAGGACACAACCGAUACAGAGGACACAUGCAGCAUGCGGCAGACACAGCAGACACAACCGACACAAUAGACACAGAGGACACAGCAGACACAGCGGACACAACAGACACAGAGGACACAGCAGACACAGCGGACACAGCAGACACAACAGACACAGAGGACACACACGACAUUUGAGAUUGCGCAUGCACAGAAUCAACACACACAUAAAUGUACAACCACACCCACUUUAGGCUUAAUUACAUUUCUCUAUUUGGAUACACUUUACUCCUGCCACCUACCCAUAACAUGUAUAGCUUUGACACAUCCACCGUGAUAUCAGCACCCGUGGUGCUUUCAUUGAAUUUGAAGCUACAUGCACUAGUGACUACAAAUGUCUACCAUUGA